CUCACUUUCGGAGCAAAGACUACAAUAGUCACUGAACACUCCAUUAGAUCUUUGUUAAAAGAAGGGACUAUCAAGUGGAUGACAGGCUCUAGACUCAUGAAAUAUCAACUGAUGCUGUUAGAAGACCCAGAGGUCGAAUUACAGGUGACCACCAGUUUAAAUCCUGCCUCAUUUCUACCCGAUGAAAAUGCAGAAGAGGGAGAGACGCAUGAUUGCCCAACGCUGUUGCAACAGACCUGGGCAGUCCGAUCUGACCUACGCACGGUCCCACUGAAGAAUGCAGACCUGCAGUGGUUCACAGAUGGGUCCUCCUUUGUAGAAAAUGGGGUGAGAAGAGCAGGAUAUGCCGUGGUGAGUCUAGUGGACACUAUCGAAGCUCAGCCGCUACCCACGGGCACCUCAGCCCAGCUAGCAGAACUAAUUGCAGUUACCAGAGCCUGUGAGAUGGCAGAAGGGCAAACUCUGAACCUCUAUUCGGACUCAAGAUAUGUACACAACAUGGCACAUGCGUACGCUGCACUGCAUCAUGAAAGGGGCAUGCUAGAUUCUAAAGGGAACCCAGUGAAAUACCAGCAAGAGAUCCAGCGGUUCAUGGACGCCAUGCAGCAACCCCGCAGUCUGGCUUUUAUGCACUGCCGUGGACACCAGAGAGGAGGAGGGGAAGUGGAAAGCGGCAACCGUAGAGCUGAUGCAGCAGCGAAGUUAGCUGCACGCUCAGCCGAAAUGAUUAUGGUGUCCCUUAUUCCAGACCUAGCUACCCUGGAAGAGGAAUGGGAGUAUGGAACAGAAGACAAAAAGCUGGCAGAAGCCCUGGGAGCCGUGAAACAGCAGGGGAAAUGGAUCAUCAGAGGGGGGAAGACACUAGUCCCCAAGGAAUAUGUGACAAGACUUGUGGAGGGCUUACAUGAAGGCACGCACAUGGGGGCAGAGACUAUGUAUGAACUCAUUCGGAAGAAGUAUUAUGCACCAAAUUUGUCUGCUCAUACCCGACAAGUAGCCAGGAAGUGUGUAGAAUGUGCUAAAGUCAACCCCAAUACCCGGCCUCAAGGACAAGCAGGGCAAGUAGCAAUGGGGGCCGGCCCGAUGGACAUUAUUCAAGUGGACUUUACAGAGAUGUUUCCUGCACCGCCUAAGGCGCGGCGCAGAGAACCCCCUUGUGGUCCGCAACACCGGAUUCCACCAGGCUUGGCGGGCUAUGCUACCGGGACUUGGGGUGAUUGA